AUGGCCGAGGCGGGGCCGCUGCCGCCCGCCGCGGUGCCCGAGGGAUCGCCCGGCGCCCAGCCCCGGAGGGUCCGCAGCGGGAGCGAGGGGUCGGGGUCGCCGGAGCUGCCCGGCGGCGACACGCGGGAGCUGCUGGAGGAGGUGGAGAUGCAGAUCGGCGACGCCGCCUUCUCGCUGGCGAAGAUCCUGGAGGCGACGUCGGCCGUGUCGGCCCAGGUGGAGGAGCUGGCCACCAAGUGCUCGGAGAACGCCCGGUUCCUCAGGACGUGGCGGGACCUGCUGAGGGAGGGCUACGAGUCGCUGAAGCCCAGCGGCUGAGGCCGGCCCUGCCCGCCGAGCCGCCCGCCCGGCCCGCGCUGCGGCGGGGCUCUCUUCGACCGCCGCCUUCAGGGACCUCACGUGGAGCUUUGUUUUCCCCCAGAGUUCUUACACAAAUACUUGGGGGCUCUCGUAUGGAUGUUUUAUCUUAGCCUACCGAAUAAAAAAACUUUGUUUAGGGAAUCAAUUUUGACUUUUAGAUUCUUCGUUGAAGCUCAAGCUAUCACAUACUCUCUUUUUUUUUU